UACUCCUGUACAUUACGCACACAAAUAAAACAAUAUGUAAGGGACAAAUAUUCUAACAGCAAAAGGUUGUUAAAAACAAAAUCUAACAAGAAGUGACCCUACAUCAUCAUGAUUGAAGUUGUAGUGCUUUACCCAACUACAUAUAAUUAACACACACAUGAAGCAAAGAAAGAUUAUUAUAUUCGGGCAUCCCUGCAUAUGUAUACAUCUGCAACAGUACUAGAGAUCAAGCCAAGCCACUCUAAUUGAUCGGGGGCGGGCAGAAUGAAUCCCUUUUCCAAAUCCUCAUCAACGGUUAAAGGCCAUAAUAUUCUUGACAGUCACCCUAUGAAGAAGACCACCAUUAAUUUGAAAAACACUUUCAGAUUGGUGAAAUCUUAUGUUUCUUUCUACCACUGUGCAUGGCUUCUUAUGAUCAUUCUUUUCCAGUUUUCUAUCCUCCAAGUCCUCCUCACCACUCGUGGUGGUCCUAGUCCUCCCCCGACACAUGAGCAAUAUCCGCCCACCCAUCUACAACAAGAACAACAGCAGCAGCCACGGGUCAUUCAGCAGCCGGAUCUUCCUCUUGAUGAUGAUAAAAUUCAACAAGAACAACAACAACCACAGGAAGAAGUUGUUGAGGACGGGAACAAACCAAAAGAUGACGUUAGUCACCAGCUGGGUUCUCCUUCUGAUCAUGAAGAUGGUGAUAACAAUACGAAACAAGUACCACUAGAACAAGCCAUCGAAGGUCACCAGCUUGCUUCUCCUUCUGAUCAAGAUGAUAACCAUGAACAAUGCAAAUACGGAAAGGUUUACGCAUACGACCUUCCUCCCAUCUUUAACAAGGAACUAGUGAUCAAUUGUCACGAUUUAGAUCCUUGGAAAUCCAAAUGCCCUGCGGUCUCCAACAAUGGAUUUGGCCCAAACGCCGCUGCCACCCUGGCGGGAACUGUCCCUCAGGAGCUCGCCCCAUCAUGGUGGUGGACGGACAUGUUCUCCGGUGAGAUCAUCUACCACACUCGGAUGUCAAACUACAAGUGCAGAACCAUGGAGCCAGAAUCCGCUACGGCUUUCUACGUCCCCUUUUAUGCUGGACUAGCGGUUUCCAAGUAUCUAUUCACCAACUACACAGCAUCAGAGCGCGAUUAUCCCUGCGAGAGAUUCCUCGAGUGGGUUAAGAAGCAACCUUACUGGAAGCGAUCCAACGGCUCGGAUCAUUUUCUCGUGCUGGGGAGGAUGACGUGGGAUUUCAGACGGAAAACCGACGACGACUGGGGUACCAGAUUUCUUCUCAUGCCCUUGAUGAAAAAUAUGUUACGGCUGACAGUUGAACGACACCGGUGGGACCCCCUGGAAAUCAGCUAUCCGUAUCCUACGGGAUUCCAUCCCAGGUCCGCUCCUGAGAUUGAGCAAUGGCAGCAAUUCGCGGGGAGUCGUAACCGGACGAGCCUAUUCACGUUUGUAGGAGCAAAGCGUCGAAAGGUCAAGAACGACUUUAGGACUCUGCUAUUGGAUCAUUGUCGCAACGAGGCGGACGCGUGCAAACUCGUGGACUGUGACAAGACCCCGUGCUCCGAUGGCUCUUCUACGAUUCUUGAAGCGUUGUUGCACUCGGACUUCUGCUUGCAGCCGAGGGGUGACUCGGAUACCAGGAAGUCCACGUUCGACUGCAUGUUGUCCGGUUCGAUACCGGUGUUUUUCUGGGAAGGCAGUUUCCGGGGACAGCACGAGAUGUUCUUGUCGGGCGAGCCGGAGAGCUAUUCGGUGUUCAUAGACCGGAAAGAGGUCAGAAAUGGGACUUCAGUAAGAAGAGUGUUGGAGGGUUUUAGGAAGGAAGAUAUCAAGAGGAUGAGGGACAAGGUAAUUGAGCUUAUUCCCAGGUUUGUGUAUGCUUUUCCUAGCGAAGGGUUGGGGAAUGAUGCCAAAGAUGCCUUCGACACAGCUGUUGAGGGAGUUCUACAAAAAAUAGUCCAAAAAACCAAGCUUCAUGGCGGAACAGUAUAUUAGGGACAAUGAAUGAAGCGUAGGGAAUUUGACAGAGAUUUCAUUAUCAGUUUUUGGUUUCGACGGGAGAAUUGGAUUUUCCUCUCUGGUACUAAGGACUUGGUGGGGUAGUUUGCUAGAAACGUCUUUCAGUUCAGUAGACAUUCAUUGAUGCGCAGAGGAUCAGAGAUGAAACGUAAAAAGACGCUCAACUCCGCCGGUCUUCAACAGUCACCAACCGGAGUGCCAUCUUGAUUUGUUCAACUUUUUGAUCUUUUUAUUUUUGUUUUUUCUGUGUAGGAAAUUACUUCUAUCGUCAUUCUACUGUCGUUUGCCCUGUCUCCUUGGUCUGCUGUGUUUUAUCCUUUAGGAUUAUUAAGACUAAGGCGGAAAAGAGUUUAGAACAAGAGGAUAGUAGUGGUACACCGAAUGGAAAAUGAUAGAAAGCGUAGCCUGAAAUAUCUAUUUGUAUUUCAACGAUCAGAACAAUGUGGCAGACAAUGGACGGCGAGUAUACAGGACAUCACAAUCAA